UAUAUAUCAUACUCGUACGUACAAUUUACAAGAAGAUCAAAUUUCUUAAAUCUAUUCUGCAAAAAAUACAUACAUACAUACAUACAUGUAUCAUAAUAAUAAUAAUAAUAAUAAUAAUAAUAAUAAUAUUCAGUAUUCAAUGGCGAAUGAUCACCGCAUUCAUGGCGGUCUUCUCGAAAUCACUGUGGUUGGGUGUAAUAAGCUGAAGGACACGGAAUGGAUAUCACGGCAAGAUCCUUACGUUUGUCUUCAAUACGGCAGUCACAACAAUCGCACUCGCGAUUGUACUGAUGGAGGAAAAAACCCGAUAUUCCAAGAGAAGUUUGUGUAUAGCUUGGUUGAAGGUUUAAGAGAGUUGAAUGUUUCCGUCUGGAAUAGAAAUACUGUCACACGCGAUGAUUUUAUCGGAAGUGGAAAGAUCCAAUUAGGUAAGGUUCUUUCGCAAGGAUACGAUGAUAGCUCUUGGCCAUUGCACACUAAAACUGGCAGGCAUGCUGGCGAGGUGCGAUUGAUAAUGCAUUAUUCCAGUACCAAGAAUUCCGUGAACAGUUAUGGGUCAUCAGCAACACCUUAUGGUACAUCAAGUUCACCACAGGUCUCUAUGUAUUCAGCACCGCCGUCAUCAAUGUCUUAUCCACCACAAGCUUCGCUCCCUAUGUAUGCGCCAGCUACCACCGGAGGUUAUUCUGUUAUGCCCACAUAUCCACCUAAUUCAGGUGUUUAUCCACCAUCCCCAUAUCCACCUCAGGCAGCUCCUUAUCCUCCUCAGCCGUACCCUUCUAAUUCUGCUUAUCCUCCUCAGCCCUAUGGCUCCCAGUAUCCUCAUGGUUCUUCAUAUACAGGGGGUUACCCUCCAAUGUACUGAGUAAAGUGCUUUCCUAUGAAAAGAUGAUUCAGUGAGGCGCUGUAUAUAUUUGGCUGAUACAAUUAGGCAGGCGGAUAGUUUCUUGUUGGAUAUCAUAUUUCCUUUACUUCGUUGAGGGAGGAGAACAUAACUUCUGUAGGCUGUUUCUAAUUACUCACCAUUUAUUUGAUAAUUAGUAUAACCUGUCGUUAAAUUCUUUCAUUGUUUGUUUAAUGGUUAGUGCGUAAAGUUUGUUUAGUAACUGAAAUUGAAUGUUGAAAACUUGGAAUCAUCUGAAAUACAAAUAUUCUUAUGGAUGUUGCUGUAAAUUUUAGUUAAUACUCGUAUAUGUAAGGUGCUCUUUUUUUAUUAUUAAUUUAUUUUUAUUAUUUUUAUUUUUUAA